CGGGACAUCUCAGGGCAUCCCCAGGCGGGGGCACAGAUGCGUUGCCUCCCUCCCCAAAGGCCCCAGGAGGAGAGGCUGGGUUUGGGGGUGCAGACAGGCACCCCCGCAAUUGGAGAGCUGAUGCGGGGACUGUGCCGGGGCAGCAGGAAGCGUCGGUCGCUGACUCUGUGCGACCAGCGGGCUGCGCUUAGCAACACAAAGCUUUUCUGUUUGGCCGUGUCCGGGGCGCUUUGCCUUCGUCCCGCGCUUGGGUUUCUCAUGGCUCCUUUUUGCCGGGGGGCUGAAAGGGCUGUCAGCCCUCUCGCGCAGCUCCUUCUCUGGGAGAGGGGAGCUUCCAGCAGAUAAAAGCCUUGGUGUGCAGCUGGUAGCCAAGAGCAAGUUUAUGUAACGUUUGUGGCAGUAUAACAUGAUUCCCCAGCAACGCUGGUAAUUCAUCCCUUGAUUUAAAAUGCAUCUCCUAGCAAAGUCAAUCUAAAGCUAAUUGAGGCUAAAGAGUCACUUUGAUUAGGCGUUGCAGCAGGACACCCUUUCCAACUCGAUGUCACCCCACUUUCUAAGCUCUCGCAGGGGAUGUGAAAGGUUCAGGUGCUCAGUCGUCGGUCACGCUGCUGCGGGGCUUGUCAGCUCUGCGGUGCUGGAGGCCUGGCAGGGGCUGCGGGGAACGGGGGGGGCCUGACUCCGCGUGCGCUGACGGUAACGAUAAGUGCCUCUGAAAAUGAGAGCCCGGCGUCAUGGCUGAGCUCAGCACUAACGCCGCAGUACUAAACCAGAGAAUAAGCCGUCGUCUUGCUCCCUUCCUGAGUGCCUACAGUUAAUUUGCACGACGUGGUUGCCAUUUUAAUGCCUGUGUGUGCGUCUCCUUCCUUAACAGCGCUAAAAAGAAGAAGAUGGCUGACAAAAUUCUACCUCAGAGGAUUCGUGAACUUGUACCCGAGUCUCAGGCCUACAUGGACUUGCUGGCCUUUGAGAGGAAAUUGGACCAGACGAUCAUGAGGAAACGCUUGGAUAUCCAGGAGGCUCUGAAGCGACCCAUUAAGCAAAAACGAAAGCUACGUAUUUUUAUCUCCAAUACCUUCAAUCCAGCCAAGUCGGAUGCAGAGGAUGGUGAAGGAACAGUCGCCUCCUGGGAGCUUCGGGUGGAAGGACGGCUGCUGGAAGAUUGGCACAGGACUGCUACAACUCAGGAGACAGAUGGCUUCCAGGUGAAGAGGCCAGGAGAUGUAAAUGUGCGCUGUACUGUCCUUCUGAUGCUGGAUUACCAGCCUCCCCAGUUCAAAUUGGAUCCCCGCUUGGCUCGUCUCUUGGGGAUUCACACUCAGACCCGUCCAGUGAUCAUCCAGGCAUUGUGGCAAUAUAUCAAGACCCACAAGCUCCAGGACCCCCACGAACGGGAGUAUGUCAUCUGUGACAAAUACCUCCAGCAGAUAUUUGAAUCUCAGCGGAUGAAGUUCUCUGAAAUCCCACAAAGACUUCACGCAUUGCUUAUGCCCCCAGAACCGAUCAUCAUUAAUCAUGUGAUCAGUGUUGACCCAAAUGACCAGAAGAAAACAGCUUGCUAUGACAUCGAUGUGGAGGUGGAUGAUACCUUGAAAACUCAGAUGAAUUCCUUUCUGCUCUCCACAGCCAGUCAACAGGAAAUUGCUGCUCUGGAUAACAAGAUUCAUGAAACAAUAGAGACAAUUAACCAGCUGAAGACCCAGCGGGAGUUCAUGCUGAGCUUUGCCCGAGAUCCUCAGGGCUUCAUCAACGACUGGCUACAGUCCCAGUGCCGGGAUUUAAAGACAAUGACUGAUGUUGUUGGGAAUCCCGAAGAGGAGCGUAGAGCCGAGUUCUACUUCCAGCCGUGGGCUCAGGAAGCUGUGUGCAGAUACUUCUACUCCAAGGUGCAGCAAAGACGGCAGGAAUUGGAGCAGGCCCUGGGAAUCCGUAACACAUAGGCUGCUCCGCUCCUCCCCAACCAGAAGGCAUCACAGCUAUUUGUGGAGACAGAGAGCUGCAGAGUACGCUGUUAAGGCUCACACAAUCCCACUCCGGCAGCGAGGCCCGCAUCAUUAUUCAUCCUGGCAUUGUCCCUGUUGGGGCAGCUCCAGGACUCCUGGGGUCUUCUGGGGUGUGGCAAGCAGACAGGCUCCAAUGAGCACACAUUUCUACCUGGUUUUCUUCCUGACUGUUGCCUUGUCAGUCCCAAGGCUUCCGAGAGCCUCCCCUUGACUCCGCACUGCCUGUAGUGUCCCCAGUAGCCAGUAUGACUGCUGACUCGGAGCCUUUCUCAAGUUCAGAAACCACAGCCCAUUCCUCCCCAACUAGCAUCUAGUUGUGGCACACAAGACCUGGGCCUGGGAAGCCUGGAUCUGCUGUGAGGGCAGAGUUCUGUGGCUAGUCUCUUCCCUGCCUCGUUUUAUAGCAAAGUGCCAUGAGGUCUAGUGGGCAGGAUGCCACGAACUGACAUACCUCCCUGCCCUUACUCCCUCGCUCGGAGGGUGCUGCUGCCCUGGGCUGCGUCAUAGGCCACUCUCCUCCUUGAGGAAGUUAUUGGACUGUGUAGAGAAUCGCUUCUUCCCUUGUCCCUUUUUUUCCCUGCCCUGUCCUCUUCAUGUUCUUUGACAGACUGUCGUAGGCCAGGAUCACAAGGGAGAUGAGGCAUUGGCUUACUGCAGGGAUAAGGAAGCAUUGGAGUGGUGAGACUUCCCUGCGCUUCAGAAGACCUACACGUGCGGCUCCAGCAAGCUGUCUGGCUGCUUGUUUUCCCUGUAGCAGGGAGAGGGGAUGCAGCAACUGCCUGGUGGAAUUGUGUGGUGGCGCAGUGGUGUAGGCUCAUUCCUUUGGGACAGUUAUCCUGUGUCACUUGCUGUGGGGACCAGAGGCUCCUUCGUGUGGAUCUGAGGGUGUAACAGGACAGUCCUUGGGAAUGGAGGUAGCUCCAAGCAUAUGAGUUAGCAGGUGUUUCCAUGCUGAAGCUCCUGUGGUUUUGAGUCAAGUUUUAGGUUCCGGGGCUGCCAUAAGGCCCAGCAUGGUUCAGGAAUGUACAAGUAGAUUUUCUCUACUGUGGGGAGUAGCAGCCCAGAUGCCUCUUCAUGGAAUGAAUUACUAGUGGACUAAGAGAAUGGCUUCUCUUAACCCGGAUCUCAGUAUUUCGGCUCGGGACUGUAAUGCAAAUGGACUUGAAAGUUGGUCAUAUUCUCUUGGAAUAGCUGCAAAAUCGUAUUACUGACAAACCCCCCUCAUCCCCACACCCAGCUGUGGUGUGGUUGGGAAGGUUGCUAUGAAUUUGGGAGCCUGGGUGGCCCUACUCCUUGUGUCUGUGUUACUACAUGUCUGUGAGUAAUAGACUCUCGACUUCCCUUCUCCUUUGCCCCCUUAUGAAAAGGCUCCUCUGUGGUACUGGGGUGAAGGUCUUGGUGCUGAUGAAGCAGCCCACUGACUCCUCAGGGUAAUCACACAUGAAGGAUGCUGAGUACUGCGUAGGCAAACAUAGCUGUUGCAGAAUAACUGCUUUUCUUAACUGAAUAUUAUGGGUUUUUCCAUGGACCAAAAGUUUUUUUGUACUGUAUCCUUGUAGACGUCACCCAGUUUUAAUAAAAGCCUCCUGUGAAGGAAGCUGUCCUCCCUCCUUCUGUGCUGACAGCACGCUUUCUCUCAGCAGCUGCCUUGGUGGGGGACACUUCAAGUUACUUGCCUGGGAAGGGACAGGAUUAUCUCCCACUUUCUUUUUUGUUGGUUUUUGUUUUAACAAAGCCAGCUGGGUUAAGAGACUGGAGAGAAAAUGUUCUUCAUAUUUUGGCCUUUUAUAGAGAGCUUUUCAUGUAAGGAUCUCCUGGCUUGCAGAGUUUGCUAAGCCUUUGCAAAGUGCUUUUGUGGUAAACAAAAUAACUUGAGCAAAACUGGAAAUCCAGUGGCCAAACUGCAGAUAAAAUCUAGGCGGCCCAGUUUCCACACUGCUGCCCGGCGGAAUUGUGACAGCCUGUUACAAGCCCCAUGGGAGUCGGGCGUAAUUUUGAGGAAACCGUAUUAAAGUUUACAUGCAAGGGUUGUAAAACUAGGCGAAAGGGGCAUUACUGUCUUCACCCUGCCUUGUUUAUACAAGUAGAAAUGUAGUGCUUUACAGAAAACCUGUAAGCCCUCGUUGCAAGGGAAGGAGAUCCUCUGUAUAGAAGAAAGGGCAGUUUGCCUAAGGUCAGGCACUGCUGCUGCUUCAGGCUGUGAGAUUCGGGCAGUUGUGUCUGUCUGCAGCCAGAUGGUUCAUAUUUCUUACUUGGGGGCGGGGGUAAAAUGGCAAUUCUUAGGAGAGGGAAAAUAAAAUGCUUUUAUGCAGAAAAAGGGAGAGGCUCGGGGGUCACAGCUCCCAGUUCUGCUGAGAUUUCGACAUCUGAGCUAUUCCGCCCUUGCUCCAAGGGAGCGGUUUGCACCUGCA